AUGUCGUCGCGACAACCGUCGCCGCAAUCCUCUGAACGAUCUCCCCUGCUUUCGAGGCCCGAAGACGACUCGACCACAGGCUACAACGACCAGCCUGACGAUGAAACCACUCGUUCCGUGGCUGGCUCCACGGAAUCGGUAGAGGGACAAAAACAAAAGCAAAAGAGAUGGCCUACAAUCAUUGCUCUGUCGAUCCUUUGUAUCGCGGCCGUCGUCGCUUGUCUCGGGUUCGCACUCCCGUCGGCCGUUGAGGAAUAUGCCAAACAAAGCGUCGUGUUCGAACCCACAAACUUGUCCAUCGACUCGUUUACUUCUCUGGGUAUCCGUGCUCGAGUACAAGGGACCUUCUAUCUAGACGCCUCACGAGUCCGCAACAAACCCACGCGGGACCUGGGCAGAUUCGGGACAUGGAUUGCACGAGAAGUCGAGAGCGGAGAGGGCCAUGUCAAAGUCUUCUUGCCGGAAUAUGACAAUGUCCUGUUAGGAACGGCGACGCUGCCUCCGGUCAAGGUGAACAUUCGCAAUCGCCAUUACAACCGUGUCGAUGUCCUGGCAGACCUGGAGCCCGGGGACGUCGACGGCAUCCGAAGAGUGGCUAAGGAUUUUAUGGAUGGCAAGUUGAAAGCAAUCACUGCCAAAGUGGUUGCCACGGUUCCAAUUAGAAGUGGCCUGAUCCGACUGGGCGACCAGACUGUUGCACAAUUCUUGCAGUUUGAGGGCCACGAUGUCCCGGCCGUGCCGGAUUUCGACGUUCAACGAGUUCGAUUUGCCGAGUACGGUCUGCCCGGUCAUCCUGAAGGUCUCAAAGCCAUGGCCGUGGUUUCCGUCAUGAACGAUUUUCCUCUCAAAUUUGACGUACCUACGUUGGCAUUUGAAGUGCUUCUUCCCGACUGUCAGGAUGACUACUUGCUCAUUGCCGCCGCCAGGACCGAUCCCAUUCAUAUUCUACCCAAACAGAACAUUACUGCAGGUGUCACUGCGUUGGUGCGCCAACUACCUACAUCUCUCACUGAGAUUUGUCCAGAUUCCAAAACGUCCCCGUUGGACAGCUUUAUCGCGGCGUAUCUCUCUGGGAGUAAAACCACGGUCUACAUUCGAGGUGGUGAACAGGAUGAGAAUACACCCCAAUGGAUUGGAAGGCUAUUGCGCGAGACGACCAUUCCUUUCUCCCUACCUGGACAUCCCUUUGACAAUUUGAUCAAGAACUUCUCGCUUGGCGACGUACAUUUUUCUUUGCCCGACCCUCUGUCGGAGACCCAACCCAAGAUUUCGGCCGUCGUCAAAGUCUUGGUCGGACUCCCUCCGGACAUGAAUGUCAACCUAGAUGUCGACCGAGUUAGGGCUGAUGCAGACGUUUUCUACAAGGGAGACUUGUUGGGCAGGUUGGAUCUACGCAAAUGGCAAUCAGCCAAUGCAACGAAAGUCGACCACAAUCUCUUGGUACAGUCCAUCGUCAAAGACGCGCCCCUGGAGAUCAAGGAUCAGUCGGUGUUUGCAAAGGUGGUGCAAGACUUGGUGUUUGGCUCAGGAGCGGCGCUCUCAGUGCAUGCCAGUGUCGACGUCAACACUCUCACGGCAUUGGGGGAAUUUGUGGUGCGAAAGAUCCCAGCACAAGGAGACAUCUUCGUCAAACCACUAGCUGGAGAUUUCCAGGUUCCAGAAAUCAAGGGUAUGGAAGUCGUCGAUACGUCGGAAACCUCAUUAACUCUGCAGGCAAAGGUUAAUGUGACCAAUCCGACCGAAUACUCCGUUACCAUCCCUUAUUGCAACGUCAGUCUCUGGGUCAACCAUACACGAGUCGGGUACGCGUGGCUGUCGGCGGAUGUCGUCCCUGGGCCGAAUGAAAUCACCGCGAGAGCAUCGUGGGAGGUCGGCGAGGUGGGCAGGGAAUGGCUGUCACAAUACAUCUCGGGCUACAAUACAACUCUGACAGUCAGAAGCCACGCCGACUCGAUCCCCAACUUUCCGGAUCCUCGGGUGGAAAUGACGGUGCCAACACCCAAGAUGUUUGGACACCAAUUCCUGAAGGAGACCACGAUGCAUCUUCUCUCGUCCACGGCCACAUUUGUUUUGGUUUCCCCUUUUGCCAUGUAUGUGACCAGUAUCGCGGCCGCGGCGUACUUCAAUGGCACUGAGAUUGGCACCAUUACCUGGGAGUACCCGUUUGCCAUUGUGCCGGGAGAAAACCUGACCCCCAAGCUGCCUGUAGAUUGGAACAGCAAUGCGCUGGGGACCAUCCGAGAUGCACUUGGGGGCAGCUUGAAAGUCGACGCCAGAGCCGACGUAGGUGUAAGGAUCGGUCAAUGGCACGAACGCAUCUGGUAUGAGGGUCGUGGAUUAGGGGCCAAGAUUCGACUGUGA